AUGGAUCUCCUUAUACAGAGGAUGGAGAAUCCUAACAUGAAGCACCAACCCAAAAUACCCUUUACUGAUAUUAAUACUAGGAUACAUAGGAACAAGCUCGCAAUGAAAAGUGCUAAUGAGGAAGGUAGUGGGCAGGAUAGCGAUUCGGGGAACGAUGAAGCGAUGCAGGAUCACUUGCUAGCUAAGGCAGAUGAAUCUAAACGGCAUGUCAAGAGGGCUAAUACAAUUGGGAUUACACCAAAGGGGAAUCUCAACGUGCAUAGACCGAGAAGAGGUACUCUAAUAAUAUCUGAUGAUGAAGAUGGGGUAAGCAUGCAUUCUGCAUCAUUCACAAAUAUGGAUGAUAUAAAUGGUAUAGAUUAUAGCAAAGUUAAUACCAACAAUAAUUUGAACUCGAACAAGAAAAGGUUGGAUACCAAGAAAAUAUUUGAACCUUAUGUUCAAAGAAGCGUGUCUGAUCCAAAGAGAUCAUUUAAGGCAGGUUCCAACACCGAUAUAGAGCCAAAACUGGGGAAUAGUAAGCCUAUGAUUAUAAGGCAAGUAACUGCAAGCAACCUUGCUGCACUUGCAGAUGGAAAAAAUCGAUUAGUCGAGAAGAAAAUGUUAAAAAGGCCAACAAUACCCGAUUACACUUCUGUUAAUACAGGCGCCUUCAGCGAGUGUAUGUUCAACACAGAACUUGAAAAACAGUAUAAUAAUAAUCUUUCAAAGACUACUAAGACAGAAAAGCCAACACCUAAUAGACUUGGAGACCAACAAGAAGAGGUGGGCAAUGGGGGACAAGCUACUUUGUUCACAGCUGAUAAGUUCAUAAAAUCACCUGUAAAAAGUCUUGAUAAUGAGGAAAGACCAGAACUGUCAAACGGGCAAAAUCAAUCUAAAAAUCAGAAUCAAACGCAAUUUCAUAAAGAGCAUAAAAAGCACAGACAUCAGAAAUCAUUUUCGCAGUCGUACGGGUCCAAUGAUCAAAAAAGGUUAGUGAAUCAAUUUCUUCAAUCUAUCGAGAAAUCGGGUAAUAAUUCUGCCCUCUCAUCUAAUAACGCUUCAGCAUACGGAUCUACUCUUUCUGUGGGGAAAAAUGGUGUCUUUAACAUACCUCAACAUGAGCAAAUGCCGGACUUGAUGGACUAUUCAUCCAAUUUGUCGCUUCAAAGUUUAUUGUAUCAUGAUUUAGCUGACCCUAGUGGCUCCAAGAGAAAAUAUUCGAAAGUUUACUCAAAUCCUAACAUGAGACCUGGGUCUGCAACGCCAUUUUCAUACUCUUCAGCAUCUUUAACUUCAAAUUCUGACGAUUCAAGGAGUGCUAUUGGUUCUUACAGGUCAGGAUUGGCUACUAGCUCUUUUUUUUUCUCGAAUGCAAAGCUUACUAGCAAAGAGAAAAUAAAAAAUAGUGAAAUAAUAAAUUCUAAUGCAAAUGACAGUAAUAUGUUUUUGGGUACAAAUGAGACCGACUAUUAUCAGCAACAUAUCAAUUCUCGUCUUACAAAGCUUGAAUCUCAGAUUAAGAAUGAUCUUAAGUCUGUCAUACUGAAAGAUGAAUUGGAACUGAAGAAUAAUAUCACAUCAUUUGAUAAUUUGACAUCAGAUCUUCAAAACUUGAAGUCUCAGAUUUUAGGGCUUAAAAAUACAAUAGCCAAUGAAUACUUGACAGUAUUGAAAGCUGAUUUCGAUGAAAACAAUCCUGAAUCCUUUGAGUCUCAACUACGUAAAACAGUUGAAGAGAAUGUAAAACAUUUGGAAUUUCUUGAAAAUAAGAUGUCAGAAUGUCAGAGUCAAUUAGUUGAUCAAAAGGAAACAAUGAGAAAGAUGGAAAGUCUACUUUACUUGGAAAACUCAUUGAUGGUGUCCAAGAAGAAUACUGGUCUGGCAUAUAAGUACAGAUAUAUGCUUUACGACAUCCUAACAUUGGGUUUUUUAGUUCUUAUCGGAUACUAUUUAAAAGCAUAUUUUUGGAAAGUUUAG